AUGGCAAAGGCCGCUAUCCGAAACGCUAGCUGGCGUUCCACAGGCUUACCAACUGGGGUAUUUCAGGCGGUUCGGGCUCUCAAACUUCCUCGCGGAAGAAAUCCAGAGUGUAGCAAUUAUAACCCUGUCGCCCGUCUUCAAGAAACACUUUUGUUCCCUACUCUUCGGAAGCUUGGCAUCGUAUUCUAUGCGUACAGCUCGCUGGCCGGGUGCUUCUUGACAAAGACAGCUGCAGAUAUCAAACAAGGAAAAGGUCGCCUUAACAACCAAGUGAUAGAUGUGCUGUGCAAGGAACCGUAUGCCAAGCCAACAUACGUUGACGCACUGGAAAAAUGGGAGGCCGCCGCGGCAGCUGAGGGUGUCACCCAGGCCGUGCUUGCGAACCAAUGGGUUGUCUUCAAUCCACUUCUGAAGAAGGAGAGGGGGGACGGCAUCGUCAUCGGAGUAAGCAAUAAUGAGCAACUUGAACAAACCCUUGCCCACCUCAAGAAGGGCCACUUGAGAGACCAGGCGAUGAAAGCAAUCGAUGAUAUUUGGGAGGCAAUCAAACACGAAGCACCUUAUGACAACACCCACAGGAUGCUUCCUUGA